GUAUCUUCACCUCGAAGAUGUUGAACAUUCAUAAAAUAAGCCCCAGACUCUGCAGAUUAUGUGGAAAAGAGAAAGCCAGAGGCACAGAUGUCUUUAAGGACAUGAUAAAAGGAGCUGUGCUUAUUUCGAUCAUCAAUAAAUAUUUUCCAAGAGAGGUACUCAAUGUGUCGGAGUCCGACAAUUUCUCAAAAUACGUCUGUAUGGAUUGCGAGCAAAAAAUCUGCAGUUUUGAUGAAUUCUGCUUGAUGGUGGCUAAUGUACAAAAGCAAUUGACUGCUCCGUCCAUUGAAAUUGAUUUUGCAGAGGACAUGCUGAGCCACUUCAAAGAGAGUGGACUCUUGGAGAAGGAUCGGAUAGAACUGAGAAGUGACAAGAGACUUACCUGUGACCAAUGUGCCAAGACUUUUCGGUGUCAGGCACAUCUAGAACGCCACAAACGUGUUCACACCGGCCAGAGACCAUUCGUCUGCGAAAUCUGCAGAAUGUCCUUCAACCAGCCAGAGGUGUUGGGUCGUCAUCGCCAGAGUCACCAAGACAAGAAAGAGUGGCGGUGCAACACGUGCCUGCAAUCAUUCCGCUUCAAAAUCUCGUUGAAAUCCCACAUGCUGAACUGUCACUCAGACCAGGACACCUCUCUAGAGUCCUUCGACCACUCCCUGACCUGCACCGAGUGCGGCAAAACCUUCGCAACAAAAUACAAACUCCAGAGACACAUGAGGUGUCACACUGGUGAGCGUCCCUUCAGCUGCAACUUCUGCCAUCGACAGUUCUCCCAGACUGGAAAUCUCAAGCAGCAUCUCCUGAAGUGCACCAGGUCCUCCCCGAUGAUUCAGGAGGUGAUUCUCCCUGUUGGUGAUGAUCCUGGGGAAUUUCUCAAUGAGGGACUCCCUAAUGACAUGGGAAAUGAAAGGGAAAUCAUUAAUGAAAGGAGUCUCAAUGACUUCGAGCCUGUUUAUAUUACUGAGAGCGAGAUCCAGAAGACCAUCAACGAGACCAUCAAUUCCAGCAAUGAUCCAAGCACUUCUUCAUUCCUCAAGAGCUACGAUAAUCCGAUUUACAUUGACGAGGAGAUUGAAACUAUUCUUGAUAGAGACUUGGAGGAAUUAAGAGGAAGUAAAUAUGAAGGAGGAGGCGAGAAGCUAGGGAUGUGCCUGAAACAGCCCGAGACCCCAGAGUUACUCCACAGUCUGCUGUACGAUGUUUAAUUAAAUGGUUAAAUAAUUCA